AUGAAUUGGUCUUCAAUGGAAGGUAUAGGUGGAGUACUUAGGGAUGAAUUUGGGGCUGUCAAAGGGAAAUAUUCUAAAUUCGUGGGAAUAGCAGAUGCAAAUAAGGCUGAGUUGAUGGCAAUAAAGGAGGCGUUUAUUCUUUACAUAACUUCCCCUUGGGAAAAUACGCAUACAUUGGUGAUUGAAAGUGAUUUCUUACAUGUGGUCACUUGGAUCAAACCCCCCCAAACUACUUCUUGGAGGUUCAGGAAACGCAUAAUACAUUUGGAAACCUUGCAGAAACAACUAAGAAGUUGGUUUGAUAGGAAAAUGAAGAACACCUAUGAUCAUCUACUCUUCAGCAGAAGUCCCCUUCUAAGUUUAUAUGCUGACAUCUCUGUAACAUGUAAGGAAUAUUGCAAUCCAAACCAAUCCAUGUUGGAGUUAGUUUUUGCCCCUGCAGAAGAAUAGAUUGCACGAAGUGACUAAGAAAUUAUUGAUGCUACAAUGAAGGAACUUGAAAAGCUCUUUCCUGAUGAAAUUUCUGUAGAUCAGAGCAAAGCAAAAGUCGUAAAGUACCAUAUUGUUAAAACAGCAACUGAUUAUCAUUUCAGAUCUGUAUAUAAAACUGUUCCAAAUUGUGAACCCUGCCGCCCCUUGCAACGAUCUUCCAUAGAGGGGUUCUAUCUAUCAGGUGAUUACACAAAGCAAAGGUAUUUAGCUUCGAUGGAAGGUGCUGUUCUCUCAGGGAAGCUUUGUGCACAGUCUAUUGUACAGGAUUAUGAGUUGCUUUGCACUUUGGGAUAA